AUGCCUAACUACAGCGAGGAAAUCAAAGCCAUAGCUCAAGCGAACAGCCUCGAAGCCCUGGAAGCUUUCAUCCAGCAGCAACGAGAAGCCGAUCCAGAUUACUCUCUGCCUUUCCGUGGCCUGUUCCGCGCCGCCGCAGACUGGAACGCAGACAAAAUUGCAGUGUACUGUUUAGAACAUGGCCAGCCGGUCUUUGACGGGGUGAUGACUGGGGUCGUUGUCAACGAGUCCUUUGCCGUCUACCGCGUGCUAAUCGAGCGCAAGGCCGUUGACAUCAACUACUACGUCCCCUGGUACGGAGACAUCCUUGGAACAUUUGCAUUCAGCGGUAAGAUAGACUGGGUGGGAUUCUGUCUUGAGCACGGCGCCGAUCCGAAUCGCAAUGUUAUUAGCGACGGGCUGCGGCCGUUAGCAUGCGCUGCUGGCACAGGGAAUAUGGAGAUGGUCGAUCUAAUGCUAGAGUACGGGGCACGGCUGGAGGGGAGUUACGCACUUGUCGAAGCAGCGCUGUUUGGCCACAUGGAGAUUGUCAAGCAUCUCCUUGCGAUGGGUGCUGAUAUUGAUGAGGUUGGGAUUGAGGGGCCUCCGGGGGAUGAGGGCUAUCAGUACAUGGGGAGCCCGCUUCAUCACGCUGCGACACAUGGGCUCACUGAGAUCGCGCUUUACCUGAUCGAUGCCGGGGCCAAUGUCCGACUCAUGGAUCCCAUGGGACGUACCGCGGAAGAUCUUGCUCUGAAAAACAAUCACACGGAGAUUCUUGACGCUCUGCGCCGGAAAAUGAACCCCGUGGAAAAAUGA